CAAGCCCUGAUGUUCUUCUGAAUCUGAUAGCCGACUUGAAGUCUCUCACUUGUGGAGUACGGUCUCAUAAAUAAACAUCGCAGCUUUGCAUCUCUUUGUCGCUGGUCGACAUGUCAGGGAGUGAUGAGGCGAGCGAGUCGGAGCAGCUCGGCUCGAGUCUUUCUGUGUGGCUCGGGGAGAAUGGUGGCGCACUCAUCCGGCCCGAGGAGUUGAACGUGCCGCUGGACCUGCACACGGCAUGUUCCAUCGGCCAGUAUGACGUCGUGACACAGUGUAUCCGCAGUGGGGAGGUCGAUCUGGAUCGCAAGAACUUGGGAGGUUGGACUGCUCUGAUGUACGCCGCUUACAUCGGCCAUGACAACAUCGCCCGACUGCUCCUGGAGAAUGGCGUCAGCGUCAACGCUGCCACUUCCAAGGGCCUAACCGCACUAAUGCUAGCUGCCAGCUGUGGGAACGAGAGCAUUGCCCACUUCUUACUGCAGGGAGGGGCUGAACUCGAGCGAAAGGAUGCACGUGGUUGGACGGCUCUGUUGCAUAGCACCAGCACAGGACACCAGCAGAUGGUGAAGCUGCUGCUGGACAACAAUGCUAACGCUAACGUCAAGGAGCCAGGUUCAGGGUUCACCCCUCUGAUGGAGGCAGCUGCUGCGGGCCAUGAGAUUAUCGUUCAGUACCUGCUGGAUCGGGGUGUUAGAGCGGAUGAGAGGAACUCAAAGGGAGAGACGGCCAGAGUGCUGGCUAUGUUGUAUGGGCGCACCAAGAUUGCAAGUCUCAUAGACAAGCACUCUCUCAGAGUUAAAGGAGGUGCUCAUGAGGAGUUCAGCUCCUCAGAGGAGGACAGUACAGCUUCUCCUCGGGCACGAUCUGGACGCCCCAGACCGCGCGCAGGACCCAGCAUCCAUGACGGCCCACAGCACAUAGCCCUGUUCCGGGUCGGGAGUACAGGGACCAGCCGACACAGUGAACCAGCAGCAGCCCCUCCUGGUUACAUGACAUUCCAAGACGGGUGUGAGACUGGCGAUGACAUUUGUAAUCGUGAUGUCACUUCCCCUAUUAAUGACCUGGACGGCCAGAGUAACAGCAGCAAAGAUGACUUCUUUGAUAAUGACAUGCCCACCCUGCGCAGCAGCAGCAGCAGUAGCGAGUGUUUGCCUCGUCUGCUGGGCCUCAGCCGAGAGGCCUCCCUCGAGAGCAACGAGGACUCGGAUCAGGCCAAGAGGAGCUGCCCCCGGCGAUCAAACAAACCCCAUCACUCCAAGGGCAAGAGUCGCCAUGGUAACAGCGAGGCAGCCCACCCAGGUGAUGCGGGAAGUCGUCCACCGGCUUACCCGCCCUCCUACACAGGCCCUAAGGACCUGGGCGAGUUCUUGGAGCAGAUUGGCUUCAGUAAAUACCUGGCUCUGUUGGGGGAGCAGGACAUUGACCUAAGAAUCUUCCUCACACUCACUGAGAAUGACCUAAAGGAAGUGGGCAUUACUCUGUUUGGCCCUAAGCGUAAGAUGACGUCGGCGAUCGCCCGUUGGCAUAGUAACGCACGUCCUCCCAGUGAUGCUCUGGAGCAGGCCUAUGCCGACCAGUUGGAGGCGGAGAUGCAGGAGAUGGCCAUCCAGCUGCACAAGCGCUGCAUGGAGGUGGAGGCGCUGCAGGGCCAGGUGGCGCAGGAGAAGGAGCUGCGUGCGGUGAUGGAGGGCUGCCUGAUGGAGGAGAAGAUGGGCUGGAGGAACGUCCGCGCCCAGCUGCAGGAGGACCUGCGACACGCCGCGGAACUCUCCGGAACGCUGCACACACUACGCACCUGCCAGGGCCAGCUGCGAGCACAGCUGAGUGCCGACAGGACAGAUAGCUCCAAUGAGGUCUUAUCAAAGAUGGAGUCAUGUGAGGAGGAGUUGGCCCUCAAGCUACAGGCAUUGUCGCAGAGCCUUGGGCGUCUCUGUACGGAAAGACCUGGGAAUUUGGAGGAGUCCUAGCAUUCAAAGGAGCAGAUCCACUGUACAGAUCUACUGACUGACGUUGACCCUACCACCCUACACACAAGAGAUGGAGUGAGAGUGCAACCUGGAGGAGAGAGAAAAGGAAGGAGGGAAUGAGAGAACCAUCAGGAAGGAGAGUAGGAAGGCAGCCAGUGACAAACAGUUAGAGGGCUUUCAUACCUGUGCAUCUGUAACACGAGAUGGACCAAUCACAGUGAGGACGGCGUUCUGGACAUGCAGAGAGGACCAAUCACAGUGAGCCAUCACAUAGAGGAUGCGGGACCAAAGGAGCUCCUCACCAGAGGGAAUUUGAGGCUUGGACGAACAGAUGUGAACACUAACAGUCACAAAUACAGAGUGGAAACGGAGACACACACACACACACACACACACACACACACUCACACACACACACUCACACACAGAGAAAGACUGUACAUCAAUUCUGCUGAGUGAAAUCCAAUCUCUGAGAAUCAGUUGACGCUAACUCAUGAAUUGUUUUUGUUAAUGACUCAUAAUAUAUUAUAAUGUAAAUUGUUUUGGACCUAAAUGUGUUUUUAAAUGUGACAUAUUCAUGUACAACAGUGCGUCCGGCUCCAGAAUAUGGAGCAAGGAAUCACAGAAUAGUAGAAAAAUUAAAACAUUAGAACUAAUA